AUGUCGCAAGCGCGGAUAUACGCGGACGUGAACGUGCAGCGGCCCAAGGAGUAUUGGGACUACGAGGCGCUCACCGUGCAGUGGGGGGACCAGGACGAUUACGAGGUGGUGCGCAAGGUGGGGCGGGGCAAGUACAGCGAGGUGUUUGAAGGGGUCAACGCGGUCAACAGCGAGAAGUGCAUCAUCAAGAUUCUCAAACCCGUCAAGAAGAAGAAGAUCAAGCGAGAAAUUAAGAUUCUGCAGAACCUGUGUGGCGGGCCCAACAUCAUCCGCCUGCUUGACAUCGUGCGCGACCCGCAGAGCAAGACGCCGUCGCUCAUCUUUGAGUUUGUCAACAACACCGACUUCAAAGUGCUCUACCCCACGCUCUCCGACUACGAUAUCCGCUACUACAUCUACGAGCUGCUCAAGGCGUUGGACUUCUGUCACUCACAGGGCAUCAUGCAUCGGGACGUCAAGCCACACAACGUGAUGAUCGACCACGAGCAGAGGAAGCUGCGCCUCAUUGACUGGGGCCUCGCCGAGUUCUACCACCCCAACAAGGAAUAUAAUGUCCGCGUGGCGUCCAGGUACUUCAAGGGUCCCGAGCUGCUAGUGGACCUGCAGGACUAUGACUACUCGCUCGACAUGUGGAGUCUUGGGUGCAUGUUCGCUGGCAUGAUAUUCCGCAAAGAGCCCUUCUUCUAUGGCCACGACAACUACGACCAGCUUGUCAAAAUCGCCAAGGUGCUAGGAACAGACGAGCUGAACAGCUACCUGGGCAAGUACAGCAUCAUGCUGGAUCCGCAUCUGGAGGCGCUGGUGGGGCGGCACAGCCGCAAGCCGUGGUCCAAGUUUGUUAACAGCGACAACCAGCACCUUGUAUCCCCUGAGGCGGUGGACUUUCUGGACAAGCUGCUGCGGUACGACCACCAGGACCGGCUCACAGCCAGAGAGGCCAUGGCCCAUCCGUAUUUCUACCCUCAUCUUUGCCGCCUGAACGUCGCACUUCCGGCCACGGUAGCCCGCGGUAGCGUGCGCGAGCUUAGAGCUGCGCCAGUGUGCGGGAAGGGGCUGAAGGCGAGUGUGCGCGGAAGCGAUUGGAGGAAGGCAGCAGCAGCGGGAGGGAGCUCGCGACUGGGGUGCCGUGCGAUGGCGAGCGAGGGCGGUUCCGCCACAACGGUUUCGGCGCCAUCCGCGGCCACGCAGCUUCCCGACCUCAUGACCGAGUUCAUGGUGGACAUGUCGUGCCAGAGCUGCGUCAAGAACGUGCGGGGGAAGCUGGAGCCUCUGGAAGGCGUCAAGCUGGUGGACAUCAGUUUGGAGUCGCAGGUGGUGCGCGUGCUGGGGAGCGCCACGCUAGCCCAGCUGGAGGAGGCGUUGAAGAAAAGCGGCCGCAAGGCCCGUCUGAUCGGCCAGGGGGACCCCUCGCAGCUGGCUCUCACAGCAGCAGUGGCGGAGUUCAAGGGGCCAGUGAUCCACGGUGUAGUGCGGUUUGCUCAGGUGAGCAUGGAGGAGGUGCGGGUGGAGGCACAAUUUGACGGCCUCUCCCCCUCCACUGCCCAUGCAUGGGCUGUCAACGAGUAUGGAGACCUCACGCGCGGCGCUGACAGCACCGGCAGGUGCUAUCCAGGGGAGGCGCCAUCUGCUGCUGCUGCUGAUGGGCCCGCGGGUGACUUGGGAGUUCUGAACGCGGACGACGAGGGCCAUGCGUCCUACGCAGCCCCCAGCACGCGCCUCAAGGUGUGGGACCUCAUCGGGCGGGCCGUGGCGGUGUAUGAAGGGGCUGACAGGAGCAACAGCAAGGGGCUGGCAGCAGCUGUGAUUGCGCGCAGUGCAGGUGUAGGGCAGAACUACAAGUCGCUGUGCUCCUGCGAUGGCACCAUUAUUUGGGAGGCCACCCCCAGUGACUAUGUGCAGCAGAAGUAG